CAAGAUGGUGUCCUCCAUGAAAACAAUAGGAAUGGGAGAUUAUAGCAAAUAAUCUGAUUAUUUCUUUUGACAUUGUUUUAAUUAAUCAAUAUUAUAGUUAAAACGACACCAAAAUGCCUCCUAAAAAGAAGAAGAGUGGAAAGAAGGGGAAGAAAAGUGCCAAGAAGUCUGGUCGAGGGUCCCCUUCUAAAAGUAUUGAAACCAUGAAUGAACUAUCAAAAGAAUACUUCAUAAUACAAAUUCGGGACUUAGAAAACAGAUUACACAGGUAUCAGAAAAGAUGUGAUGAGUUGGAGGUAAACAGAGGAAAUAACAAUGAAAAGUUUGAGCAACUGGAAAAACAGAAGAAUGAUAUUGUGGAUUACCUCAAGAAAGAAAUUAACAAGAAAAAUGAUGACAUCGAGGAUUUGAAUGAGCAGCUGAUUGGUUUACAACAGACAAGGGAGCUAGAGAAAGAACAAGCUCAUGCCACCAUCCAGCAGAUCAAGACUGAGCUUCAGGAGACCAAGGAUCAGCUCACAUCAGAUAACAUGAUCUUAGGUGGUAAGUUGGCAUCUUUGGAGGAGUUUAAAGUUCACAGAGAGGAACUCAUGGCCAAGUUUGCUAACAUGGAGAAAGAACUCAAACAGAAAGAUGAGGAUCACAAAUCAGCCAUUUAUGAUCUGGAAAAGAAAGCUGUUCUAGAUAAAUCAAGAUUAAAGUCAGAAAUGGUGCAGAGGGUGAACCAAGUGGCAGCUGAAUUUAGAAGGGUGUCAAAUAAACAGAUGGCAGAGACCACCAAAAACACAAUCAGGGAGAAUGUGUCUAUCACUGCCCAGCUAGCAAAAAUGUCAGAUAAAACCAUGGAGCUGAUUCAGGAGAAUGAUGAACUGAAAAAGAAAGAAAAACAGAUGAAACAGCACAUAGAAAUGCUGGAGGAUAAUGAAAAAACUCUAGCCAAGAAAAACCACAGUCAUCAAAAGUUGAUAAAGAUGCUGACAGAUAAGUGUAGAAAUCAGGAGGCGCUUAUCGCUGAGUUUGACUCCCGAGAACAGGAAUAUCAGGAGCUGGAUGCUGAGAUCGAUUUCCUGAAGCAGCAAGUCGAGUCACAAAGAGAAGAGAUCCAGAAUCUUGCAAAGGAAAAUGAACAAUUAGAAGAAGAUUUAAAGGAAGCUACAGUAAAAUACAGCUCAGAGAAAAGAAACAAAGAGAAAGUGGACAAAAUUUUGUUUGAUGCUGCAGAAGCCAUCAAAUUAAUGUUAAAGUCUGAUGAUACUGAGUCAGAAGAUGGCUACAAUGAAAUUGAGAAGAGGGACAACAUGCUGGAGAAUCUCCUCAUUUUACUGAACAGUGCUGCUGCCAUUGGAGUGGGGCCUCAACCUGAGGAGUUUGGAAAGUAUGAAAUGAGGCAGAAGAGUGCCAGUGAAAUGCCUGGCUCAAAACAAGGCAUCAAAAGGGGAACCCUUCCCAUGUCUCCAGUGGCUAGGAGUGGAGGCACACUUCCCCAUUACCAACUGGGAGAUUUGGGUUUGAUUCCACGACCGAAGAAUCACAUUCCUACCAGUGUAGAUAAAAUGAGGGUCCUAUCUGCCACCACCAGACUUGGUGGUCUCCGUAAAGUACUGACAAAGUCUGUGGCUGUUCAAACAGUUAGUGCUCCUAAGGCAUUAUUCUAUGCUGACCAGCUUCUCAGUAAAGCACCUGCAGGUACCCAGGAUGCAGUGAUUGCCAUGACAACAGAGAGGAUCAGGUCACCAGGAAUACCUUUGGGGCCCAUACAAACAAACAAACAAAUGACCAGUAAAGUCUUUUAAUGUGAAAACAUUAUCACUGCAUGCUAUCUGUAAUCACGUGACAGAAAUUCACAUAUGUAUUGUAAUAUCUAGUCACGAAAAUAAGAACUACCGGUAAAAUUGGCUAGUUUUCAGUGUAUGCAUGAAAUUCAAGAAUAUUUUCCAACAUUAAAAAAAUAAAUGAAGAAAUAAUUCAGUAUAAUUUAUUUUACAUGCUUUUAAAAUAAUUUUUCUGUGAUAUAUCAAUGUACAUUUCACACUCAAUGAAGAAUUGUGAGAGAUGCUCAUGUCUAUCACUUACAAUUAUUUAUUUCCUUUAUAAUGAAGCAUUGUUACAGAAAGUACAGACAGUCUGCCUGUUGCAAUAUGGUAUAUCUUAUCAUGAAUUUCACUAUUUUGUUGUUAUACAAAUGGCUGUAUGUCUAAGUUUGUAUAUAUGUAUUAUGUCUCACUCAAUAAAGCAUUUUAUAUGAUUGUUUUAA